GGCGGCGCGCUGCGCGCCGAGGGGCGGGGCCCGGCGGCGGUUGCUGGCGGAGCCCGGGAGGCGGAGAAGGCUGUCGUUGCCUUGGCCGUCGCAUCCCCGAGGGAGUCGUGUCGGCGCCACCCCGGCCCCCGAGCCCGCAGAUUGCCCACCGAAGCUCGUGUGUGCACCCCCGAUCCCGCCAGCCACUCGCCCCUGGCCUCGCGGGCCGUGUCUCCGGCAUCAUGUGUGGUAUAUUUGCUUACUUAAACUACCAUGUUCCUCGAACGAGACGAGAAAUCUUGGAGACCCUAAUCAAAGGCCUUCAGAGACUGGAGUACAGAGGAUAUGAUUCUGCUGGUGUGGGAUUUGAUGGAGGCAAUGAUAAAGAUUGGGAAGCCAAUGCCUGCAAAAUCCAGCUUAUUAAGAAGAAAGGAAAAGUUAAGGCGCUGGAUGAAGAAGUUCACAAGCAACAAGAUAUGGAUUUGGAUAUAGAAUUUGAUGUACACCUUGGAAUAGCUCAUACCCGUUGGGCAACACAUGGAGAACCCAGUCCUGUCAAUAGCCACCCCCAGCGCUCUGAUAAAAAUAAUGAAUUUGUCGUUAUUCACAAUGGAAUCAUCACCAACUACAAAGACUUGAAAAAGUUUUUGGAAAGCAAAGGCUAUGACUUCGAAUCUGAAACAGACACAGAGACAAUUGCCAAGCUUGUUAAGUAUAUGUAUGACAAUCGGGAAAGUCAAGAUACCAGCUUUACUACCUUGGUGGAGAGAGUUAUCCAACAAUUGGAAGGUGCUUUUGCACUCGUAUUUAAAAGUGUUCAUUUUCCCGGGCAAGCAGUUGGCACAAGGCGAGGUAGCCCUCUGUUGAUUGGUGUACGGAGUGAACAUAAACUUUCUACUGAUCACAUUCCUAUACUGUACAGAACAGCUAGGACUCAGAUUGGAUCAAAAUUCACACGGUGGGGAUCACAGGGAGAAAGAGGCAAAGACAAGAAAGGAAGCUGCAAUCUCUCUCGUGUGGACAGCACAACCUGCCUUUUCCCAGUGGAAGAAAAAGCAGUGGAGUAUUACUUUGCUUCUGAUGCAAGUGCUGUCAUAGAACACACCAAUCGCGUCAUCUUUCUAGAAGAUGAUGAUGUUGCAGCAGUAGUGGAUGGACGUCUUUCUAUCCAUCGAAUUAAACGAACUGCAGGAGAUCACCCCGGACGAGCUGUGCAAACACUCCAGAUGGAACUCCAGCAGAUCAUGAAGGGCAACUUCAGUUCAUUUAUGCAGAAGGAAAUAUUUGAGCAGCCAGAGUCUGUCGUGAACACAAUGAGAGGAAGAGUCAACUUUGAUGACUAUACUGUGAAUUUGGGUGGUUUGAAGGAUCACAUAAAGGAGAUCCAGAGAUGCCGGCGUUUGAUUCUUAUUGCUUGUGGAACAAGUUACCAUGCUGGUGUAGCGACACGUCAAGUUCUUGAGGAGCUGACUGAGUUGCCUGUGAUGGUAGAACUAGCAAGUGACUUCCUGGACAGAAACACACCAGUCUUUCGGGAUGAUGUUUGCUUUUUCCUUAGUCAAUCAGGUGAGACAGCAGAUACUUUGAUGGGUCUUCGGUACUGUAAGGAGAGAGGAGCUUUAACUGUGGGGAUCACAAACACAGUUGGCAGUUCUAUAUCACGGGAGACAGAUUGUGGAGUUCAUAUUAAUGCUGGUCCUGAGAUUGGUGUGGCCAGUACAAAGGCUUAUACCAGCCAGUUUGUAUCCCUUGUGAUGUUCGCCCUUAUGAUGUGUGAUGAUCGGAUCUCCAUGCAAGAAAGACGCAAAGAGAUCAUGCUUGGAUUGAAACGGCUGCCUGAUUUGAUUAAGGAAGUACUAAGCAUGGAUGAUGAAAUUCAGAAACUAGCAACAGAACUUUAUCAUCAGAAGUCAGUUCUGAUAAUGGGACGAGGCUAUCAUUAUGCUACUUGUCUUGAAGGAGCACUGAAAAUCAAAGAAAUUACUUACAUGCACUCUGAAGGCAUCCUUGCUGGUGAAUUGAAACAUGGCCCUCUGGCUUUGGUGGAUAAAUUGAUGCCUGUGAUCAUGAUCAUCAUGAGAGAUCACACUUAUGCCAAGUGUCAGAAUGCUCUUCAGCAAGUGGUUGCUCGGCAGGGGCGGCCUGUGGUAAUUUGUGAUAAGGAGGAUACUGAGACCAUUAAGAACACAAAAAGAACGAUCAAGGUGCCCCACUCGGUGGACUGCUUGCAGGGCAUUCUCAGCGUGAUUCCUUUACAGUUGCUGGCUUUCCACCUUGCUGUGCUGAGAGGCUAUGAUGUUGAUUUCCCACGGAAUCUUGCCAAAUCUGUGACUGUAGAGUGAAGAAUAUCUAUACAAAAUGUACGAAACUAUACGAUUAAGCAACACAAGACACCUUUUGUAUUUAAAACCUUGAUUUAAAAUAUCACCCUUUGAAGGCUUUUUUUAGUAAAUCCUUAUUUAUAUAUCAGUUAUAAUUAUUCCACUCAAUAUGUGAUUUUUGUGAAGUUACUCUUACAUUUUCCCAGUAAUUUGUGGAGGACUUUGAAUAAUGGAAUCUAUAUUGGAAUCUGUAUCAGAAAGAUUCUAGCUAUUAUUUUCUUUAAAGAAUACUGGGUGUUGCAUUUCUGGACCCUCCACUUCGAUCUGAGAAGACAGUAUGUUUCUAAAAAUUGUUACUUGUUUCACCAUACUUCAUUCAGACCAGUGAAAGAGUAGUGCAUUUAAUUGGAGUAUCUAAAGCCAGUGGCAGUGUAUGCUCAUACUUGGGAAGGGUUUGCCAAGUUUUAAGAGAAGAUGUGAUUUAUUUUGAAAUUUGUUUCUGUUUUGUUUUUAAAUCAAACUGUAAAACUUAAAACUGAAAAAUUUUAUUGGUAGGAUUUAUAUCUAAGUUUGGUUAGCCUUAGUUUCUCAGGCUUGUUGUCUAUUAUCUGUAGGUGGAAGAAAUUUAGGAAGCAAAAUAUUACAGUAGUGCGUUGGUGGGUCUCAAUCCUUAACAUAUUUGCACAAUUUUAUAGCACAAACUUUAAAUUCGAGCUGUUUUGUACAACUGACAGUAUGAUUUUAAAUUUGAAGAUGGGAUGUGUACAUAUUGGGUAUCCUCCUACUUUGUGUUUUCAUCUCCUAAAAGUGAUUUUUAUUUCCUUGUGUCUGUAGUCUUUUAUUUUUUAAAUGACUGCUGAAUGACAUUUUAUCUUGUUCUUUAAAAUCACAACACAGAGCUGCUAUUAAAUUAAUAUUGAUAAA